CUCUCUAUCGCUUCUAGCUGUAGAGUGAUUCCAAACCUCUCUCUUUCCCUCAUCGCCUUUUUCUUCCUUCCCCUUCUUUCUCCUUCUUUUUCAUCACCCUUCCUUGCACCACUUCUUACAUAUCAACAUAUCUGAAGAAACCACUUUGGGGAAGGCACUAUGGGAGGGUCUCACAUGGGGUUCUUCUUGUUUUGCUCUCUGCUUUUUGUUUUGGCUUCUGCCUCAUCCACAAACUUGCCCAUCAUACCCUUUGAUGAAGGCUACACACCCUUAUUUGGGGACAGUAACUUGGUCAUCCACAGGGAUGGAAAAUCAGUUCAUCUUUCACUGGAUGAGAGAACAGGUUUUUUGUUUUUACUUUCAUUUACGUUUAAAAAUUUGUGUGGGGGUUCUGUGGAGAUGGUGAUUUUCUGGCUAAAGCCUUCACCUUUUUGGUCUUUCCAUUUCUGGGUUGUCUUUGCAGGUUCCGGAUUUGUGUCUCAUGAUCUUUACCUUCACGGGUAUUUCAGUGCUUCGAUUAAGUUGCCUGCUGAUUACACUGCAGGAGUUGUGGUUGCCUUCUAUAUGUCAAAUGGUGACAUGUUCCGGAAUAACCAUGAUGAAAUCGACUUUGAGUUUUUGGGAAACAUUAGAGGUAGAGACUGGAGGAUUCAGACCAAUGUUUAUGGCAAUGGUAGCACCAGCAUUGGUAGAGAGGAAAGAUACGGUCUCUGGUUUGAUCCAGCAGAGGAUUUCCAUCAGUACAGUAUUCUCUGGACAGAUUCUCAGAUCAUAUUUUAUGUAGAUAAUAUUCCUAUUAGAGAAGUUACUCGAACUGAAUCAAUGGGAGGAGAUUUUCCUUCUAAGCCAAUGACUUUGUAUGCAACAAUAUGGGAUGCAUCUGAUUGGGCUACCAACGGAGGCAAAUACAGAGUGAAUUACAAGUAUGCACCCUAUGUUGCUGAAUUCUCAGACCUUGUUCUGCAUGGCUGUGCAAUUGAUCCUAUUGAAAAUGUGGCCAAGUGUGACAAUACUCAAAGUUCUGAAGCAAUUCUUUCUGGUAUUACACCAGUACAAAGAAUCAAAAUGGAGAACUUCAGGAAGAAGCACAUGACAUACUCCUACUGCUAUGACAAAGUCAGAUACAAAGUCCCUCCAUCUGAAUGUGUGAUCAAUUCCCGAGAAGCUGAUAGACUAAGAAAGUUUGAUCCUGUCACAUUCGGUAGCGGCCGGCGGCACCAUGGAAAACGACACCCUCACAACAGAGGAAGCCAGAUGGAAGCUGCUUCAUUUUAAGUUGGUUCCUUACAAAGAUAUAUUUCAUCCUUGAUUUAGUUUGAUUACCUGGGUUGAUUUUUUUUCUUUCUCCUUUAAUUUUGGUGUAUAGAGAGAGGGGCAUAGAAUUCAUGAAUAUGAUAGUUUUGAUAUGGUUAUUGCUGGUGGGGUAUGUGUAUAGUUCAUACCUUUAGGUUCCCAGGUAUUGUAUUUUGUCAUUCAUGUCUCUUAUGCUUUACAAAUUAAAUCUGUUGAUUUCUGUAUUUAGACCACACCUUUCGGGUUUCAAUAAUUUAUUUAGCAGGAGUUAUU